AUGGCUAAGCGAGCGAAACCAAGACGGGAAGCACAGUCUGUGGAGCUGAGGAACGACCGGCUCGAGACGCCGUCUUCUAUCCGUGGGCUGCUGCGUGCCCCGUCAUACAUAGCAGAUUCAUCUCCACCUCAGAAUCCCGUGAUAUGUCUCCGUGUAUUCUUAUACUGCCGAAAAGCACGUUUCCACUGCGCUUACGCUUAUUAUUAUCGUGUUCGCUUUAUCGGCUUUUCUGAGAUUGUAAAGAUCGAUCCCCCUCAAAGGACAUGGCACGCCAGACUAAAAGCGCUGGGAGAGGCUGGCCUGGGAUCGCAAAGACUUAUUCCACAUUCUUUUCGUGGUGGAGCUGCUACUAGUGCCCUCAAAGAAGGAUCUGAUUCUCAUAGAGUAAUGCUCGCUGAUAGAUGGAAAUCUUCCUCCUCUUUCAGAGCAUAUGUUGAUACAUUACCUAUCUGA